AUGUUUCCUUGUAAUGAUAUGCAACCAAGCACGAAGAGAGUUAGAAAUCAUUUCAGCCAAGAAGAGGAUGCGCAACUUUUAUCCUUAGUUUCAUCUUUCAAAAAAUGUGAAAUCGACUGGGAUGAAAUCAGCAGAAUUAUGAAGAGAAAUGUUCGACAAUGUAAAGAUAGAUAUUACAACUAUCUUAUUAACACAAAACAAAAUAUAGAUUUCACAAAUAAUGAACUUUUAAGGAUCAUUCAAUUGUAUUCGAUUAUUGGCCCUCAUUGGGUAAAAAUGUCUAGCUUUUUCGAGGGAAGAACUGAUAUUGACAUCAAACUCGCUUACAAGAGACUCCAGAGAAGGAAAAUCGCAACUGAAUCAUCUUUUCAGAUAUACUUGUCCGUGAACAAAGAUAACCAAAGUGCUCUCAAGAAGCUUUGCACUAAAAGAUUCAUUACCCGCAAAGCAUCGAAUAAAUCGUCUCUCGAGCACGAUAACGCAGUAUUAUCAAAAUAUGGUGAUGUUUCACAUACAAACAUUCAAAAUUCGGAUGAAAUCGAAUUCAUCCUACAAGAAGGACCAUUUAUUGAUGAAAUACUCAAUGAGGAAGAAUUUUUCAACGAUUUUUGUGAAUGUUAA